AUAAAAACAUCUUUACUGAAUAAUAUGAUUUUUUACAUAUUUAAAUAUUAUCGUUCCAGGAGAUCUCAGCCCUGCUGAGCUAAUGAUGCUGACCAUAGGAGAUGUUAUUAAACAACUAAUUGAAGCCCAUGAACAGGGGAAAGACAUCGAUCUAAAUAAGUUGAAAACCAAGACUGCUGCCAAAUACGGCCUUUCAGCACAGCCUCGUUUGGUGGAUAUCAUUGCCGCAGUCCCACCUCAGUAUCGAAAGGUCUUGGUCCCCAAGUUAAAGGCAAAACCCAUCAGAACUGCCAGUGGGAUUGCUGUUGUGGCUGUGAUGUGCAAACCCCACAGAUGUCCACACAUCAGUUUUACAGGAAAUAUAUGUGUAUACUGCCCUGGUGGACCUGAUUCAGACUUUGAAUAUUCGACCCAGUCUUAUACUGGAUAUGAGCCAACCUCCAUGCGAGCUAUCCGUGCUAGAUACGACCCGUAUCUACAGACAAGACACCGAAUAGAGCAAUUGAAACAGCUUGGUCACAGUGUGGAUAAAGUGGAGUUUAUUGUGAUGGGUGGAACAUUUAUGGCCCUUCCCGAAGAAUACAGAGAUUAUUUUAUUCGAAACUUACAUGAUGCCUUGUCAGGACAUACCUCCAACAAUAUUUACGAAGCAGUCAAGUAUUCUGAGAGGAGCCUCACAAAGUGUAUUGGAAUUACUAUUGAGACCAGACCUGAUUAUUGCAUGAAGCGGCAUUUAAGUGACAUGUUGACCUAUGGCUGUACAAGGUUGGAGAUUGGGGUGCAGAGUGUCUACGAAGAUGUGGCCAGAGAUACCAACAGGGGCCACACUGUGAAGGCAGUAUGUGAGUCGUUUCACCUGGCCAAAGAUUCUGGUUUCAAAGUUGUGGCUCAUAUGAUGCCUGAUCUGCCAAACGUGGGGCUCGAGAGAGACAUCGAACAGUUUACUGAGUUUUUUGAGAACCCUGCUUUUCGUCCUGAUGGUUUAAAACUUUACCCUACCCUGGUGAUUCGUGGAACUGGGCUUUAUGAGCUGUGGAAGUCAGGAAGAUAUAAGAGUUAUUCCCCUAGUGACCUGAUCGAAUUGGUGGCUCGGAUCCUUGCCCUUGUGCCUCCAUGGACGCGAGUGUACCGAGUGCAGAGAGAUAUUCCAAUGCCCUUGGUCAGCUCAGGAGUUGAACAUGGUAAUUUGAGAGAGCUGGCAUUUGCAAGAAUGAAAGACCUUGGAAUACAGUGUCGAGAUGUGAGAACCAGAGAGGUUGGAAUUCAAGAAAUUCAUCACAAAGUACGGCCAUACCAGGUUGAAUUGGUAAGGAGAGAUUAUGUUGCAAAUGGUGGCUGGGAAACAUUCUUAUCAUAUGAAGACCCAGAUCAGGACAUUUUGAUUGGCCUCCUGCGAUUACGAAAGUGUUCAGAGGAAACCUUUCGUUUUGAAUUGGUUGGAGGUGUUUCCAUAGUCCGAGAGCUGCAUGUGUAUGGAAGUGUAGUCCCUGUGAACAGUCGGGAUCCUACGAAAUUUCAGCAUCAGGGAUUUGGUAUGCUGCUGAUGGAGGAAGCAGAAAGAAUAGCUAGAGAAGAACAUGGAUCUGGGAAAAUAGCUGUUAUAUCAGGGGUUGGCACCAGGAAUUAUUACAGAAAGAUUGGCUACAGAUUACAAGGCCCAUACAUGGUGAAGACGCUAAAGUAAUAGCCACACCAGUCCACCUUGAUGCACCGUUUCUGGCAGAAAGUGGAGAUUCCAGAUGUCUUGAAUACUCAGCAGAGAGGCUAAGCAAACAGAUGGACCUACCCUGUCCCCUUGGCAAGAAGCUUCACUCUCAUCCUGCCGCUGCGGAGACUGGAAACUGCUUUCAGGGUGGGACCAGGUGUCUGGUGACCAAACACGAAGCCUCUGGUGCUCAGCGCUCCUGUGCCCUCCUGUCCUGCGUGUUCCCAAGAAGUCACUUCAGUUUUCAAGGCUUAAGUCAUGUGUCCAGUUUCUAAAUUCUGCAUGAGGCCAGCAAGUGACUUACUCAGACACACUGGCCAGCAAAUGAAUCAACUCAUUUGGAUACCGUAAUUCAUGAAAUAAAGCUAGGUGGUGUUAUUUCAGGAGUAAAGUUAGGAGUAACUUAUUUAUAAGGUAGAUUUAGGGACAAAAAGUCAGGUUGAACAUAAGAAAACUGACAGAUUUGAACUCUGGACUUGAACUGCAUAAGCAUUCCAGCCCAAGAAAAUGAGCUUUUGUUUUAUUGCAAAUCAUUCUGGUGUCUGUGCUCAUGUUUGCAGUAACAGUGUGAUGGAGAGGAAUUGACAUGCGUUUAUGUUUUAAGCCUGAAACCAGCCUUUUUCAUUUGCAAGUCCACCAUCUACAAUGGGCCAUUCUGAACCGCCUCAAUUUCACAUUUUUUGUCUGUACUUCCUACUCUCUUAACAGCUGCAGAACAGUGUGGGCAGCACUUACUAUGCCCAGAGAGAUGUUUGGCUUCCCCUUCUGUCUGUCCUGAGCAGGCGGAGUCUGACAUACUUGUGUGUUAGGUGGUGUGGCCCUAAAUCAAGACUUCCUCCCACAGGAGCUGUUCCCUGCAUUUUAAUUCUUUAACAUAAAUUUUGUUUUAAAUGGAGAAAAGUAAGAGUUUAACUCACAUGAAAGGAAAAAAAAAAGCAAAACAGGCCCAAAUCUAAAAAUAGGAAAAAGAUUGGCUUUUCAGAGCAUCGUCUUAUAGAACUGUCUCUGUGUAAGUUGCAGGUAACCUGAGGAGACUCAGCCUGGAGAGGAUGAGUUCUUAAGAGCAUGGCUUACUAGCACUGUGCCCCUCAGCUUCUGUGGCGUUUACAAAGGUUUACUAAAUGGAAUUGAUUCUUCUAAAAGGUACAAAAAAUAAAACCUUCAACAAACUAAGAAGAACUUGUAAGAGGUUUUCCUCUCCCUGUAAAUGCAGUGACAUCUGCCGUGAAUUUACAGGAUUGAGUUUUCAGCCUGUGACACUGUUCACUUCCUCCUGGGUGCUGUCUGCCAUUUCAUUAAACUGCCACGAGGCAAAUGGCAUCGCCUUUCUCGUGGGCUCUGUAGAACUACGAAGGCUCUUCAUGAGUGUAAUUUAGGGAAUUUAUCUGCUUCUCAAUUAUGCCUGUUUUCCCUUUAAAAAUAAAACUGUUAAACUAAUAAAGCAUAUACCGUAA